AUGAGUAGUCGGAAAGAGUAAGUCUGCCUAUGAACGCUAAUAAGCCACUUUGUUAACCCUAUGAAGACCUGGAAUGACCAGAAGACAUGACUCUUGCUAUAGAAUGAUCCAUAAAGUCAGUAGCUUUUCUCCAGACAAAGUGAUAGUAGAAGACCUUGAAGAAAAUCAACUUGGCAUUUUAUACCAAUGGGUCCAAGAUGAAGAUGAUAUUGAGCUAUUCACCUCAAGCAUGAAGAUGAAACUUCCCACUGCUUCGAUGUAUAAUUCUAAAGGGAAGCUGAACAAUAUUUCUCUUAAUAACUUUGAUAGAGAACUUAACCCUACUAUCAAUGAGGACUUCACAAGUAUCAUAAGACGGACUUUGAUGCCAUAUUUAUUCGACAUUGUCCCAAAAUAAAGAGAAAGGAACGGACCAAUAUGUCUUUAAUUCAGGUGACCCCAAAAUAAACUCAUGCAUCCUCUUGAAAGUUAGGAGCUACUCCAAAGAAGAGAAUGCAGCAGUCGCAUGACUCUCAUACAAAAAGAAGAUUCUCCAAGUUGAUAAAUUCUACAUCGCUAGAGUGUUCAGAAGAUCGCCAACUCUUGUUACCAGCAUUGUAAGAGGCCUCAGCAACUAUAUUUUAAAGAAAUAUUCUAGCACCGCAGCAAUCUCGAUCGGAAUUGACUCGAAAUAAAUCAAUGAACAUCAUCGAGGCUCUCAUUAAGGUUGGCUACUCAGUUUCCACUGAGAUGCAGAAGAAGGAGAACUAUAAGAACAAAAAUGGCUUGCAAGCCUCAGACGUAUCGAAGAUGAUGGAAUUCAAGUCUAAUUUCUUGAUUAACAAGUCAUAUGUUUCUCAAAGAAAAGAAGAGGCCAAGGAGAAUGUAAUCUAUCUAAGGUUGUACCGCAGAGAGUAUUCAAAAUCUCCUCAUGGCAAGCAGAAGAGAUACAUCUCUCCUUCUCGAAUCAAGAGGAGGGAGAAAAAUAGCUCUCUGAAUUAUCCCAGGAAUAGGAGUAACUCAAAGAUCCCUUCGAUGAAAUACAAGCAAAAGGUAGAUUCUAUCUAUGGAACUGAGAAGUUCAUGCUUCCAAAAAUAAGAUCUCCUAAGGGCAGCCCUUAUGUCAGGAACAUAUUCUCUGAACGAUCUAAAGUAGGUGCAUCCUUCAAAAGUUCUGACCUAAGAGGAGGAAUUACCAACAUAGAUGAAGAGACCUUCAGGUCUCUUAAGGAAUUACAUGAGAUUAAAAUGCGGAACCUCCGUAGAGUAUCAAACAAUGGCUCUUCCGUCUUCUCUAAUCAUGAAUAUACACGCUCAAGAGCUUUCUCAGGUGUAAGAGAGUCAACUUCAUCAGAAAUUGUAAGCGCAACUGUGGAGCUAUUAAGUCAGAAACCUAGCUCUAUCGGAGCAAGUUCUAAUCAGGGUUAUUCAAACUCAAUUACGACUAAAGACAGAAGCAUUCGCUUGAAUAUGCCUAGUCACAAAUAUGCUGUACCUCUUCCUCAGAAAAGGUUUGCAGAUAAUUUCUCCAGAAGCAUGAAAGAAACUACUGAUAAGGACUUUAUCAACAGGAACAAAAUUGUAAUCCACAACUUAAUAAAGAAGAGAAAGAAGCAGCAGUUAGGGGUCUCUAACAUUUAUUAAGUCAAUGUACUCAGGUGUAUAAUUCUGGGGUCUCAAAGUCUAAAGAAAGGUUGCUCGGAGUGAAGCAAGAGAAUUCACCCUUGGAAUCAACCUUAUGAGGUGUUAAGUAGUCUUAGCCUAGCCUCAUACUCCUGGAGUAAUACACAUAAUUUUUUCU